GUUUCGAAACAUCGCCACGGACGGACACGAUUCCUUCUGGGUCUGUCUGCCACGGAUGGUAUUUUUUCUGCAAUACUAGAUUUGCUAGGGUUUUCAUGCAAGAAGUGUUAUUGUGCCAUAAUCGAGAAGGUCAACAAAACGCCUAGUCCUACACAGAACGAGCAGAAACAAGUGCAGACAUAACAUUGUUUUAUUUGGUGAGUGUUCUCCACAAACCUCGACCUCGGUCAGCGCAAGUUGAAGCAUCAGGAACGCUCUUGUUUGUAACCCAACCGAAAAAAAAAGAAGUUUGUGUUGCGCAUCACGAAAACCAACCAAGGCAGAAUACUAUAGCAACAACAAAAACAGGUUUGAAAGCGGUUCCCUUCAUUCAAACACGCGUUUUAGUGAGUUAGAAUCGUUCGACCAAUCGAACAAUAUGGCCUCCAGUAUUGGAUCGGUGUCAACCAGCACGAAGAAAACAUCCACGACAGCCACUGGCCAGACGGCUGGUACCGCAAGGAAGAAAUCCGGCCCCAAGUUUGAGCUAACCGACGAACAACGACAGGACAUCAAGGAAGCAUUCGAUCUGUUCGAUUCCGAGGGAACCGGAAUGAUUGAUACGAAAGAGCUCAAGGUGGCAAUCCGAGCGCUGGGCUUCGAACCGAAAAAGGAAGAAAUCAAAAAGAUGAUUGCAGAAAUCGAUAAGGAUGGCACCGGCAAGAUUUCCUUCGAGGACUUUCUAUCGCUGAUGACGGUCAAGAUGGCCGAAAAGGAUUCCAAGGAGGAGAUCCUGAAAGCAUUCCGUUUGUUCGACGACGAUGAGACGGGAACUAUUUCAUUCAAGAAUCUCAAAAGGGUUGCCAAAGAGCUGGGAGAGAAUUUGACCGACGAAGAACUACAGGAGAUGAUCGACGAAGCCGAUCGCGAUGGAGAUGGAGAGGUCAACCAAGAGGAAUUUUUGCGGAUCAUGAAGAAAACUAGCCUCUAUUAGGAGGCUGGCUAAGUAUAGCAGCUUUUGCGAUUCAGAGUACCUUGGUAGAAGUUCCAGUAAAGGAAAUGCAUUUUUUUUUGCGCUACAAUAGUCACAUAACAGCUCUCGUAAGGAUAAGUUAAUAAUAUUUAAAGCACUACUUCUGAUAAAGAUACUACAGAUAAUAAUAAACCAGUGACGCACUGUUAUCGAAAUAAA